UGUAGGAGUCUCUUCGGAAAAAAAAAAAGCUAAAUUUGAGAGACACCGCAGGGAGAGAUCGAACAUUUUUCUGUUUUGGAAAGAUAGAAUGGCAGUUUCCAGGGUUUCUUUUAUGGCUGUUUUCGCUGCUCUUGUUUUUGCUAUGAUUACCUUGCCUGCUGCUGUUCAGGGCCAGUCCUCUGCUCCCGCCCCUGCCCCAACAAGCGACGGGACGUCGAUUGACCAAGGGAUUGCAUACGUAUUGAUGCUGGUGGCGCUGGUGCUCACAUACCUCAUUCACGCUGCUGAUUUCUGCUUCAGCUUUUGAGCUUGCAAAUAGAAAUGGAGUUGGGAACUUGGGAUGAUGAGGGUGGGAUUUCUUUUUGGAUUAAAGUUAAGACUUAUGACUUGAGAGUGAGAGGAAAAAAAAAAGAUGGAAUUUGUUAGAUUUGGUAUUUCAGGGGGAAGGGAUGAUGUGACUUUAGAGGAAUUAUUGAUGGGUUUUUUUUUUUCCCCCUGGAUGUUGAUAAUAUCAUUUUUAUGUUUGGUGGGAUUCUCAUUGUCAUUUGCUUUACUAUCCCUUUUGCCUAUAAAUCUUGCAUUUUUGCCUCAAUUUUUCCCUCUUUCUCUGGAAAACUAUAAUAAUGCAUGCUGUUAUAGGUUCUAUGACCAACAUGAUGAUCCUUUUACUUUGACGAUAUGGGUUCUUGCCUCUGCAAAAAAAUGCGAAGUACAAAAGGCAUCUACCAUGCUAUUAGCAAUUUCAAGUGUUAAAUGCUUUGCGCUUUCUUAAUUUUGAGUAGUUCUUAAGGAUAUAUCAAUACAUGAUGGCUUGAACGGCAAAGAUAGGAUACACCAAGGAUGCUAAUGAAUUAUAAGAAGCAAUCCAACUUAUACAAUUAUUCAACUGAGAAAAGUAGUAGUAAUGAGUUUUGUAUGAAGAAUUGAAGAAUUAGGUAUUUGUAGAUUUCUCAACCGAUCUAGUGGGCUAGGUAUAACUUACAAGGACGAAUUUAUUAUUAAAGAUUUUCAUAAAUUAAAGCCCUCCAGGCCUAGAAAAUUCUAUAGUUCUAAGCUGCAAAACGUGCUCCCUGACCCUACAAGAAUUUUUGGUUAUUACAUCAGAAAGGGUUCGGUAUUAGCCAAAAAAAACCAUUUUAAAUCCUCCAGGCGGACCAUCAAGCCAAAGUCCGAGGAAAUUAGAAGAAUAACCAGAGACAGGAGAGCUCUUCUAAGAGAAAUGGUUCCCAAGGACAGCAGAAAAACAAUUUCAAAGAGCAAUUAAAUUCAACUAAAAUCACGUUCAAACUCAUAUACUUCUUCCUUGCUCCAUAUCCAAAAGACGAAUCUGUUCUUCUGUUAUACUUAAUCUUACAAGGUUCUAAUACCAGGUAGAAAGAUCCAGGGGUUCUAGUAUGAGGUAGAACGAUCCAGCACAUGGUAGCACCAAACUAGAUCACGAUUUAACAAUAUUAUCAUAAAGAACACAAUAUAUUUGACGUUUAGACUCUAAACUAGAAAAUGUUGGACUGCCGCAGCCUCUAUCCCAACUGCAUCUGGUAAAAUGAAACAGCUUUUGUGCCUGAGCAAUCAAACAUCAGAAAAGACACACCACUCUUCAACUUUUCUAAAGAAGUUUUCAACCAGCAUCAAACAAGUGCAACAACAAUGCCAACUUCAACAUUCUGUAUGAAUUUUAGUUCACAAUGGAAGACAUUUUAGACUGAACAUCUGUUGUCAUAAGAACUGAUCCAAAAAAGAACUAUGUUUCCCAACAUUACAUGUUCAAAUACAGUAAGGACUUCUGAUG